AUGCAGCCCGUGGAAAAACGAAACGAAGGUUUAUCGGACAGUGACGAUUCGUCUGAGCACCCUGAGGAUGAUGUUACGGAAGGCGGGUACGACCAAAUGUUAUUCUUUGAUUUCGAGUGUCGUCAGGAAAAUGGAAAUCACGAGCCCAAUUUAUGCGUGAUUCAGAACGAAGCCGGUGACGAAUGGGUAUUUGAAGGGGAUAACACACGGAACGAGUUUUGUGAAUGGUUAUUUCAAAAGGAACGGGCAAAUUGUGUGGUGCUGGCCCACAAUUUCCAGGGGUACGACAGUUACUUUAUUCUGCAAUACUUACGGGAGAACGGUGUCAAGUACGAUGUCAUCAUGCGCGGUGCCAAAGUCCAUUUCUUAUCUGUGGACAUGUUCAAGAUCAAAUUUAUCGAUUCCUUGAACUUCAUUCCGAUGAGAUUAGCAGAUUUUCCAAAGACCUUUGGUAUCGACGAACUCGCAAAAGGGUACUUUCCGCAUCUUUUCAACAAGAGAGAAAACGAAAAUUAUGUGGGACCUAUACCACCCACUCCCUACUACAACCCGAACGGAAUGAGUCCUGCAGCAAAGUAAACGUUUUUACAUUGGCAUAGAAAUUUGAAGGACAAUGAUUACGUGUUCAACUUCCAAGAGGAAAUUCUCGCUUAUUGUCGUUCCGAUGUGGAUAUUCUGCGACGCUGUUGCUUGGAAUUUCGCGAACUGUUCCGUGACGUUACUAAAAUCGAUCCCUUUGAGAAAUGCCUUACUAUCGCGUCGGCAAGCAAUCAAGUGUAUCGGACAAACUAUCUUCGUGAAAAUACCAUUGCCAUCAUCCCACCGCGCGGUUACUGUCCCGAGAACAAACAAUCCCUUCUUGCACAAAAAUGGUUGUCGUAUACGGCCGAACGAAACGAGAUCUAUAUACAACAUGCUCGCAACGGAGGCGAGAAACGUGUUGGUCCGUAUUUGCUGGAUGGUUAUCAUGAAGAAACCCACACGGCCUAUGAAGUCCAUCGAUGUUUCUGGCAUGGUAAGUGUUUGAAUAAACGCCUCCCUCAAAUAGACGCCCCCUUAGAAUAGUAUUUUAGAAUAGUAUUUUUGUUUAUUUCUUACAGGAUGUAUAAACUGUUACACUCGUGAUACAAUGAACCGUGUCAAAGGUAAAACCAUGCACGAUCUUCAUCAAAAAAACGUGGAAAAGAUACAGUAUUUGAAAAAUCAAGGCUACAACGUGGUAGAAGUUUGGGAAUCUAGAAUCAAUCGGGAAUUGGCAGAUAAUGAAGACAUGAAACAUUACUUUGAUCAAUAUGAUGGAGUCGAUCCCUUGGAACCUCGUGAUGCUCUAUAUGGAGGACGAACCAACGCGUCGAGACUUUACCAUGAAUGUAAUGAUGAUGAGAAAAUAAGGUAGGGCGAAAAAAUUUCUGACGUUAUGUUUUUAGGUUAUGUAUGACGUCAUGUUUUACUACGUCAUGUAUGACGUCAUGUCUUACGUCAUUCUAGAUAUGUGGAUUUUACAAGCCUUUACCCAUGGUGUAACAAAAUGACGCGAACGGUUGUGGGACAUCCACGCAUCAUCACCGAGAACUUUGACGACAUCUCCACCUAUUUUGGUCUGGUCAAAUGCACAGUGCUUCCACCUCGAGGUCUGUUUCACCCUGUCCUGCCAUAUCGAACCCAAGGCAAGUUGAUGUUUCCACUUUGCAAGACCUGUGCCGAUGCCUGUAACCAGACUCCCUGCAACCAUUCCGACAGUGAAAGAGCCAUUCAGGGUACAUGGUGUACCGUGGAGCUGGAGAAAGCGUUGGAGAAAGGUUAUCAAAUUGUACAAAUUCAUGAAGUGUGGCACUUUCCCGAAACCUCGGAUGACCUGUUCAAAGAAUAUAUUGACACCUUCCUGAAAAUUAAACAAGAGGCGAGUGGGUACCCGAAAGAUUGCGUCACCGAAGAGCAGAAGCAACAUUACGUGGAUGAGUACCUUGAAAAGUCGGGAAUCCAUUUAGACCCCCACAAGAUCGAAUAUAAUCCUGGCUUACGUGCUCUGGCUAAAUUGAUGUUGAAUUCGUUCUGGGGUGAGUACCAUGCUUUCAUUGAUAUAUAUAUUUUCUCUACAUGAUACUUAACAGUUUCUCCGUUUAGGUAAAUUUGCACAACGACCCAACAUGGUUAAAACCGAGCAGGUAAAAGAUCCACAAGUAUUCUUUGACUACCUCACCUCUGAUGAGAUCAACGUACUUGAUGCCGAUUUAGUGAGUGACGACAUCAUCGAAAUCAGAUACGAGUAUACGGACAAUUUCAUCAAACCCGAUGCCAAAACCAACGUGGUCAUUGCUGCUUUCACCACCGCCUAUGCCCGUCUCAAGCUUUACGGUGUGCUGGACAUGUUGCAAGAGAGAGUGAUGUAUUACGAUACCGACUCAGUGAUUUUUGUCAGCAAACUCAACGAACCCGAACCUCCUUUGGGCAACCAUCUCGGCGAAUUAACCGAUGAAUUGGGAGGCGAAUACAUUACUGUGUUUGCGUCAGGCGGUCCGAAAAAUUAUUGCUACCAUACGAAUAGCGGUAAAGUUGAGACCAAAGUGCGUGGAAUCACUCUAGACUGCACGGCGACGCAAAGGUGA